CGGCGGGGCCCGCGCCGUCAUGCCGUGGUUGAGCGGCGGCCGCCGGCGGCGGCGGGGACAGACGCGCGAGGCCCCGCGAGAGCCGCCGCCGUCCGCGCAGCCCCCGCGGGAGCCGCCGCAGCCCGCGACCCCCGCUGUGGUCCCCGCGCCCCCCGCGUCCUCCGUGGCACCGCUGCGGGCCCGGGAGAGCGCCGAGCUGCCGCUGCCCGCCGGCUGGGAGGAGGCGCGCGACUACGACGGCCGCGUCUUUUACAUCGACCACAACACGCGCCAGACGUCGUGGAUCGACCCCCGAGACCGGAUAACAAAGCCACUGACCUUUGCCGAUUGUGUUGGGGAUGAACUUCCUUUAGGAUGGGAAACUGUAUAUGAUAAACAGAUUGGAAUUUAUUACAUGGACCACAUAAAUAAGCUGACCCAGAUUGAGGACCCCAGAGAACAGUGGAGGCGAGAGCAGGAACGGAUGUUGAAGGAAUAUUUAAUUGUAGCCCAGGAGGCUCUCAAUGCCAAGAAAGAAAUCUACCAGAUUAAGCAGCAGCGCUUCGAGCUGGCUCAGGAAGAGUACCAGCAGCUGCACAAAAUGUGUGAGGACGACAGCCGCUCCUACGCCAGCUCCUUCUCUGGAUAUUCAACAAAUACAAAAUAUGACCCACACCAGAUUAAAGCAGAAAUAGCAAGUCGCCGGGAUAGGCUUUCCAGAUUGAAACGAGAGCUGACCCAGAUGAAGCAAGAACUGCAGUACAAAGAAAAGGGGGUGGAGACCCUGCAAGAGAUUGAUCGUAAGAUGUCAAAUGCUCACACCAGCUACAAACUGGAUGAGGCGCAGGCUAUAAUGAGCGAGCUCCGGACCAUCAAGAAAGCCAUUUGUACGGGCGAGAAGGAGAGGCGGGACCUGAUGCAGAGCCUGGCCAAGCUCACCGACGGGUUCAGGAAUAACUUUUCUCUGACCGACCCGCUGCAAGAGAUCCCUCACCAUCAGGGCACGCUUGGCGAGUCUCACCAGUUCUGCGACGCGGGGUCUCAGACCGACAUCAUCGGAGAGUUUGUCUUCGACGAUAAAACGAGGCUUGUAGACCGAGUCAGGCUUAAUUGGCAGUAUGAGGAAGCCAGAAAGAGAGUCUCAAAUAUCCAGCAGCAACUGGCCCAGCUUGAUAACGAGUCCUGGCCGGGCAUGGCCGAGGCCGACAGAGACCGGCUGCAGCUCAUCAAGGAGAAGGAAGCCCUGCUUCAGGAGCUGCAGCUCAUCGUCCAGCAGAGGCGGCCGGUGGAAGACGUGGCCCGGCUCGAGGAGGAGAGGAGGCGCCUGGAAGAGGAGAUCCAGCGCGCGCGCGCCACCUCUGUGCAGGGCGCCACGGAAAGGAUUCUGCUUCAGGAAAAACGAAAUUGUCUCCUCAUGCAGCUGGAAGAAGCUACGCGCUUAACAUCCUAUCUCCAGUCCCAGUUAAAGAGCCUGUCUGCCAGCACCCUGACCAUGUCUUCAGGGAGCAGCCGUGGGUCCCUGGCCUCCAGCCGGGGCUCGCUGGCCUCCAGCCGAGGUUCCUUGAGUUCCGUCAGCUUCACCGACAUCUACGGCCUGCCACAGUACGAGAAGCCCGACACCGAGUGUAGCCAGCUUUUGCGCUUUGAUCUGAUUCCCUUCGACUCGCUAGGACGGGAUGCCACCUUCUCAGAGCCCCCGGUUCCCGCCGGCUUCCACAAGCAGAGGCGCUCCCUGGACACACCACAGUCCCUGGCUUCCCUGUCCUCCCGCUCCUCCCUGUCUUCCCUGUCUCCCCCAAGCUCGCCCUUGGAUACGCCCUUCCUCCCAGCCUCUCGGGACUCGCCCUUGGCCCCGCUGGGGGAUAGUUUGGAGGUGCCAAGCCUGGGCGCGCUGGACAGACUGCGGGCUCAGGCCUCCGCUCUGGGAGAGGAAGAUUCGCAGGGUGCGGCGUCCCUUCCGCCGCACGCUUUCCCUGGCGACGGGGAAGGACCUCGUGAGCGAGGACCCCAAGUGGCUGCCAUUGCCACCGGUACAACAGUGACUCUUCGAGAAGACAGCGCCAAGAGGCUGGAGAGGAGAGCACGCCGCAUUUCUGCGUGCCUCUCGGAUUACUCGCUAGCCACUGACAGCGGGGUAUUUGAACCUCCAAGCAAAAGGAGUGAAGAUGCCGACGAGCCUGCCCAUGGAGACACUUGCGUUAUUGAAGGGCCCCAGAUCCACGUCGGGUUCUGGCAUGACAGUGGCAGCGAAUGUCUCCUCGUGAACGUGCUCCAGCUGAAGAACUUCGCCGGGCUGGUUGUGAAGGAAGACUGCAAAAUACAUGUCCGAGUCUACUUGCCAUCACUGGACUCCAGCACACCGGAUACUUACUGCUCCAAGGCUGUGGAAUUCCAGCCCCCCCUGGUAUUUAAUGAUGUUUUCAGAAUCCCCGUGCACCCAAGCACGUUGACGUUGAAGUCCCUUCAAUUAUAUGUGUGUUCAGUGAAUCCGCAGCUGCAGGAAGAACUGCUGGGCAUUGCUCAAAUUAACUUGGCCGACUGUAACAGCCUGAGUGAAAUGCAGCUGCGCUGGUACCCAGUCCAAGUGUUCACCAGCCCUGACCUGCCCAGGACAAGGGAGAGCCCGCGGGCUGAGAAAAGCAGCACCCGGGACCCUGUGCACACCGCUGUUGCCACCACUGCCGCCACUGCUGCCGCUGCCACCACUGCCGCCACCGCCGCCGCCACCGCCACUGCCGCCGCCGCCGCCGUCGCCACCGCCACCGCCGCUGCCGCCAUUGACUCUGGGAAGACGGACGCAGUGACGGUGCUGCUGGCUAGAACCACGGCCCAGCUGCAGGCGGUGGAGAGAGAGCUGGCCGAGGAGCGCGUGAAGCUGGAGUACACGGAGGAGGAGAUCCUGGAGAUGGAACGGAAGGAGGAGCAGGGGGAGGCCGUGUCCGAGCGGAGCUGGCAGGCCGACUCGGUGGACAGCGGCUGUAGCAGCUGCACCCAGACCAGCCCCCCGCACCCAGAGCCCUGCUGCACCGCUGUGGACUCCAUCCACGCACAGCCGUUUGCGGGACAGGCAGAUGCUUACAGCCCUGAGAAACCUCCGCCCCCUCCUCUAAAGGUCGACAAGGAAACCAACACCGAAGACCUCUUCCCAGAAGAAGUAGCGAGUCUUCCGAAGGAGCGACCCAGCCGCAGAGCCCGCGGGUCGCCUUUCGUCCGCAGCAGCACCAUUGUCCGUUCCCAGACUUUCUCGCCUGGGGCGCGAAGCCAGUAUGUUUGCAGACUCUAUCGUAGUGACAGCGACAGUUCAACGCUGCCCCGGAAGUCCCCCUUUGUCCGAAACACUUUGGAAAGACGAACCCUUCGCUAUAAGCAGUCCUGCAGGUCAUCCCUGGCCGAACUUAUGGCCCGCACCUCCCUGGACCUGGAGCUGGACCUCCAGGCGUCGAGAACUCGGCAGAGGCAGCUGAACGAGGAGAUCUGCACCCUCCGCGAGCUGAGGCAGCGCUUAGAAGACGCCCAGCUCCGAGGCCAGACCGACCUCCCACACUGGGUGCUGCGCGAUGAGCGAUUCCGGAGUCUGCUGAAGGAAGCAGAGAGGCAGACAAGACAGACCAAACUUGACUUCCACCAGGAACAGGCAGCUGAGAAGAUGCUGAAGAAGGCCUCCAAAGGGGUCUGCCAGCUGCGUGGGCAGAACCACAAAGAGCCCAUCCAAGUGCAGACGUUCAGGGAGAAGAUAGCAUUUUUUACAAGACCAAGGAUUAACGUACCUCCUCUGCCCGCCGAUGAUGUUUGAUGUAGUGCUUUGUACACAUGAAGUAUUUAUCUUCCUGUUUUGUUUUCAUGAAGUUCUUAGACUAGCUAAAUUUGUCUUUAAAAUAUUUGUGCAAAGCUAUUAAUAUACACAUUUUGUAAAAAAAAACACAUAUCUAUACAUAUAUAUUUUAUAAUAGUGACGGCAACAGGGCUUGGUUUUUCCUUGUUGUGAAAUUGACAUCUCUGAAGACAAGUUAUUUUAUAAAAGAUCAACUAUCAUGUUAAGAGUGUACAGUUUUUACGCUGUUUUAUUUGACUUAAAGGCUGGAAGACAGAAACGAAGUGAGUUCAGGCAAAUUCACUGUAUUGUAAUUUAUUUAUAGUACUUUUUUUUCCUUGAAGGAAAAUACUGACUUUAAGAUGUAUUUUAAGACUGAAAUUUUGUUCUUCAGUAUUUGUCAUGCAGUAGAAUGGAACUUUUGGGGCCGGUUUUGUUUCUGACACGGAAAUGUAAACACUUUGUCCUAAAUUUGUCACUCGUACCAGCUUCUCAUGUGUGCCUUUAUCAUGUACAUUGUCCACUGUCACACUCAUUGUGUUCUGUUAAGAUCCCACCUCGGGGCUCAGUCGUAGUUCACACGUGUGCGCGCGGGCAUCGCAGAGCUCGGUCUCCCACGGCGACUGCGCACUGAGAGCCCUCAUUUCUGUGUUGAGUCAGCACGCCAGCUCUGUGCUCCCCCCGAGUCUCCCCGCAGAGCCCCCGGGGCCCUGGCUGGGGCCUGCCCGUCCACGGCGGCUGCCCACUCUGCCCUGCACCGGCCCCGGCCGGCCGCUCUCCCGGUGCGCCCCAUCCGAGCGUCACCGACCAGGGAGGCGGUGCUGGGGCUCCCGUUCUACUGCUCUGUCAUGAAGGAAAGUGAAAGGGACCUAGGAACGUGCCCUCGCAUCAGUCAGUGAGUCCGCUGAUGCAGACAGCAGUUCCGCCAUAGACACGAUGACCUCUGAAGGCGCUUUUCUGCGGAAGGAAGCGCAUGCGGGUAACGGCAGUUACCCAGCGAGUCACUUACAGGAGAGUGUUUGAUUCAUUUGAUUUAAAUCGCAGUCCUCCCUGGUACUGGAAGGUACCCAAUAUUUCUUAAGAAAUCUUAGAAGUAGUUCAUGAGAAAAAAAAAUGUUUUAUGUAAUUAAAAAAUACCAUUAUUCUUUUAAAAUGCCAAAUGAUAUACCUAUUUUGCCUCGUGCAUAUUUAUUAUAUAUGGAAUGCACUCUCCUUUCUGAGGCCUCAGAGAAGGAAACGAGGUGGUCACAUGAAAUAGAAAAGAGAACUCCCUCGUCCUAGAUUUCUCUGCCCCUCCCUUGGAAAUGCCACCUUUUAAUCAAUGUCUCUCUUCUCAUUAGUCUGUAAUUGUCCCCCUUGUAUAAUCCACCUUUUUUGCAUUUAUUAAAAGUGAAUUUUGUAAAAGCAUUUCAUUGACACGCGACCUGUCACGGGCAAUGGACUUUGUCAGUGGUGGUAAGACUGAGAACUCUAUGCUUUUCACAGUUGUCAUCUCUUGCUAUGUAUUUCUGCCUCGAGUCUUGCUGGUUUUUGUUUUGUUUUGUUUUUUUGGGCUAAUUUCUCUGUGUACCUACCCACAACAGAGAUAGAGCCACGCCAAGCCCCGCGGCCCGUGGCAGGCGGCAUUGCUGAGCGCGCAAGGUCAGCAGCGGGCCAUCUCUGCGUCCCAGCUGGGAAACUUGAACCAACGACGGUCCGCCACCGGACUCGGGGGUGGGGAGGCAAGUCACUGACGCCUUGGGUACACAGCUCCUCCCUUGGGAGAGCCCCCUGGCCACAUGGCCUGGCCACUUGUUUUCAGCAGCUGCUACAUGAAGCUGGCUCUCAGUGGACCUGUGGGCUGAAGCCACUUUUCUGCCAAUCCUUAUUAAGUGGCAACGUGUGGAAAACCUGCUAGGCCCGCGCAUAAAGCUCUCCAGCACGGGUUUCCAAUAAAUCUCACUGGCCGGCAUGUACAGAUUUAGGGUCCGAGUGCCUCCCCGCCCGCGGGUUUGAGAAAGAACCCCGGACACCAACGCGGGCCUGCUUUGCUGUCUGUCCGAGGUGCGCUCGUGGUGGCCCUCCCCAUCCGCUGCUGUCCUGGCCCGAAAGGGCACGUAGCCAGUGACAGCUGGGGCGGUCAGGCAGGAGGACUCGAGCACCUGAGUGGCUUCUCACUCGUGACCUGAUUUUGCAGCUUUCUAGUAGUUAAGACUGCCACCCCACGCCCCACCCGAACACCCGCACGACAGAAAGUGAAGCUCUGUCGUCUUAAGGGGUAGUUUCAUCUUCUGUUUAAAUUCGCCUGUGUUAUGCCUUGUGAUAAAGAGCACUCUGCCAUGGUUGUCAGCAGCUGUAGUCCAGAGAUGGGGAAAAGGGAAUGUGAUCUUCACUUCAUCUGAUCAUUGAAUUGUCACCGCUGUAAUCAGUAACCUUCUGUUGUGGGAAUAAGUUCUAAUCAGUAGUCAUCUCUGUUCUAAUUGUGUCAUUUGUAUCGCUUGAAACUAUUUCUUCUAUAAAAUUAAACUAA